AUGUCCUCGGAGCUGUGGAAUGCAAAACGCCCUCAACCGUUCAAGCUGAUCCAAUACCACCUCGCAGUAUCUCAGCCGCUAUCCACGGUCCCCGACGAGGUCUGCGCAGAGGUCCACGGGAUACUCAUCGUUCGACACUAUCUCACCGCAGAUGACCUCGUCCGCUUUCCCAAGCUAAGGUGCGUCGUCCGAACAGGUGUCGGAUACGACCGACUCGACCGGAAAGCUCUCGCGGCGGCCGGUGUCAAAGUCGCCAAUGUGCCAGACUAUGGCACCACCGAAGUCGCAGACCACGCUCUCGCCAUGGCUCUAUCCCUCCGUCGUGGGAUCAUUCUCCAGCACGAUGCUCAGCGUCUUCCUGGAGCCGAAUGGAAGCCUCUCAAUGGCCCCCCUGGGAUUCCUCUCAGCGGACCUAUCGUUCACCGUCCCACUGGCAAGACAUGGGCAUGUCUCGGUCUUGGACGAAUCGGUAUCGCCGCUGCGCUCCGAGCCAAAACGUUCGGCUACAGGGUGGUGUUCUACGACCCCUUUCUCCCCAACGGUCUAGACAGAGCCCUAGGCAUCACCCGACUCUUCUCCCUGACCGAGCUCUUCUCCCAAGCCGAUGUCAUCUCCCUCCACUGCGCUCACACACCCGAGACCCACCUCGUCGUCAACGACACGACGCUGGCGCUCCUUCCACCCGGCGCGAUCCUGAUCAACGUGUCGAGAGGCGAGUGUGUGAGCCUUGACGCGGUAGAACGAGCGCUACGGAGAGGUCGACUGACAGCAGCUGGCCUCGACGUGUUGGAGACCGAACCGAUAGUCGAUCCCCCUCCACCGCUGAUCCAAGCUUACCGCGCGUCUGAGCCCUGGCUCAUGGGCCGACUGAUCAUCACCCCUCACUGUGCCUUCUUCUCCGACGAGGCUGUCAGGGAUAUCCAGAUCAAAUCCACCGAGACCAUGCGAGAUAUCCUGUUUGACAAUCUAGACACCAACGUCAUAGACCCGUCGUCGUGGUAG